AUGUUAAAGUUUGCUGCCUACUGUUUUGUCAAGGGAUCACUCGCGCUUUCAGCUACCUUGCACUGUAUAGUUUUAAUGGCUGGAGGCAAUCACACCGUGGUGACCCAGUUCAUCCUCGUAGGACUGACGAGCGAGCCUAAGCUGCAGACUCCUCUCUUCGUAAUCUUCUUAAUGAUUUAUCUCGUCACCCUGAUGGGCAACCUUGGGCUGAUCACAUUGAUCAAGACAAGCCCCCGGCUGCACACUCCCAUGUACUUCUUCCUCUGCAAUCUGUCUGUUGUUGAUCUUUGCUACUCUUCCGUCUUUUCUCCAAAGCUGCUUAUUGGCUUCUUGGUGGAAAAGAAAACCAUCUCUUACUCUGCCUGCUUUGUCCAGCAUUUCUUCUUCCUUGUGUUUGUGACCACAGAGGUGUUCUUGCUGGCUGUGAUGGCGUACGACCGCUACGUAGCCAUUUCCAGCCCGCUGCUCUACACCAUUUCUAUGCCCAAGAGGGUCUGCCUUCAGCUGGUGGCCGGGUCAUACGUAGGGGGGGUUUUGAACUCGCUAAUCCAAACCUGUUGCUUGCUGCCGUUGCCUUUUUGUGGACCCAAUGCCAUCAACCAUUACUUCUGUGACACUAACCCUCUGCUGAAACUCACCUGCGCCGAUGACCGCCUCAGUGAGCUUUUGCUUGUAGCCUUCAAUGGGACCAUUUCCAUGUCUGUGCUCUUCAUCAUCAUCUUCUCCUACAUAUACAUCCUCUUCUCCAUCCUGAGGAUUCGGUCCGCUGAAGGCAGGCACAAAGCCUUCUCCACCUGUGCCUCCCACCUCCUGACCGUUACCUUGUUCUACGUGCCUGCGGGGCUGAGCCACCUGCAGCCGGGCUCCAAGUACUCGCUGGAGAUGGAGAAAGUCACCGCCGUGUUUUAUACCCUGGUCGUCCCUAUGCUCAACCCUCUGAUCUACAGCUUGAGGAACAAGGAGGUCAAGGAUGCACUUAGAAAAGCGACAGCAAAUAACGUUUUUCAUGUCACUUCACGCCAGCUUAAAGCUGGUUUUAACUGGUUGCCAUUGCGUUCAUUCGUUAUUUACUACAGUUCUAUUAGGAAGACCAUGGUUUACAAAGAUGUUUAUUUUAAAACAUAA